AUGGAAAUCCCUACCCACAUGACCGGUAUCCUAGGAUCACUGGGCACGGAUUCUCUCAAGCAGAUUGGCAGCCAAGUAUUCACAAUCCGUGCCAUAUUCAUCGGCCUUGCUGUUCUGUUGCUUGUACUGGUGCGGCGUCGCUACUCGUCGAUCUAUCGGAUACCUGGGCCUUUCGGAGCCUCCCUCUCGCGCUUAUGGCACGUUCGCCAGAUCAUCAGGGUUGACCAGAAUCUGAGGCUCGUAGAGCAGCACGAUAAACACGAAGUGAGCGUCAGUCAUCCGGAUGGCAUCAAGAAACUCCUGUUGGCGCCAGUACCAAAGGGCGACUGGUACAAGGUCUUCUGUUUCCCCGACUAUCGCUACAUAGCUCCUAUCGCGGGCACGUACGCCGAGAGUCAUGAAGGAAUGGAGCUGGACAAGUUUUUCACCUACGUUGCUUUCGACAUCACGGGCGAGAUGCUGUUCUCGAAGCCCUUUGGGUUCCUGGAUAAGGGCGAAGACGUCUGUGGUGCCAUCGCCAUGAACGUCGGUCUUGAAGUCUAUCUUGCCAUCUUCGGCUUCUACCGUUGGGUCCACUGGCUUGUCGCCAACCCGCUCGUAACCUGGACCCAACUCGUGCCCAUGGGCCACCUGUUCCACACGGCGAACAGCGCCCUGAGCGAGCGGCAGAAGAACCCUGACGCUCGGUUUGAUGUAGCUGCCCAUUGGUUCAGAGGCCUGGCCAGAGCAGAAAAGGAGAACUCGCCGCAUUUCAACCUCCGGGCCCUUCAGGCCGCCGCCAGCUCCAAUGUCGGCGCCGGCUCGGACACGGUGUCUUGCGGCCUGCAGAGUUUCGUGUACCACAUGAUACGUCACCCAGGGGAGUGGCAGAGGGUCCGGGACGAGAUCGAUGCGGCUCAUAAGCUGGGACGUUGUGGCCAGCGCGUCGUGCUUUACGAGGAUGCGUCACAGCUGCCGUACUUGCAAGCUUGCAUCAAGGAAGCACUAAGGAUCUUCUGCCCUGUUCCCAUGGGACUUCCACGACUGGCACCAAAGGGAGGCAUCACGAUUGGCGACCAGUUCUUCUCUGAAGGUGUCACUCUGACCAUCAGCCCCUUCUGGGGCAUGGGAUAUGCUUCCUGCCCUGGUCAACAUAUAGCUCGUGUUCAGCUUACCAAGAUCACCGCGACGGUUGUGCGGGACUACGAUAUCAGGCAGGUGGAUCCGAAACAGGAGUGGACGUGGUCUGCUUAUUUCACCGUCGUCCCGCACGACUGGCCUGUCUACAUCAGUAAGCGUUGA